AGGUCAUCUAGUACAACUCCCCUGCAACGAACAGAGACUUGCACAGCUAAAUCAGGUUGCCCAGGGCAUCAUUACUCCCAUUGUGGAGCCCAAAGCAGUGAUAGGUGGAACAAAUUCAUAGAAUCAUAGAAUCAUUAAGGUUGGAAAAGACCACUAGUAUCAUCUAGUCCAACCAUAAAUUGAUCCAGAUCAAGAAAAGAGUCUUAGGCAGAGUUGGUAACAGAAACGACAGCAUCUGGUUCUUCAUCAUAUUCCCAUACACAACUCAUACAUUCCCUUCCACUGGGAGACUUUCAUCCAUGCAGGUCUUAUUUUACAUAGAUUACUGAGAGUCUGACAUCAGUCAAAAAAUCCCUGGUGUCCACUCACGAAUUUAGGAGUCAUUUAUAUCUGUAGUAAUAAAAGCUGUAUGCUGUUUAUUUAGCAGUGCUGUUCUAACGUGCUGUUUGUUGUUUAGACAGUCUGUAUCUUCUUCAUAUUGUAAUCAUAUUAAAAAAGCAUUCUUUUCCUGAAAUAAAGAGGUAAUCAUUCACAAGAGGCAUAAUUAUUCCAUGUGGUGCAGGCAGGAUGCUGCAGAAAGAGCUGUCUUCUUUAUGCAUAAGAGGCUUUUACUGCAAGUGUUCUACACAGUAAUUAAAUUCCUUUGAAUGAGAAAGCCUGAUUGGAUUUUCUUUGGUUUACAGGGAGGAGUCUGAAAAGCAAGGUAGUUAUCUCAAUUGCUAUACAAUUUUGACAUCUGUUGAAGACUAGGGAGAAAGGUUCAGAGUGCCAGAUUCCCAUCUCCCUUCCCUUAUGCUAGUGUUAUGUUAGCUGAACUCAGUUGAAUUUAGCUGAAUUACGCUCUAUUUGUGUGGGAAUAAAGCUUAGAAACCCUUGGCAGAAAGCAGAAGGCUACCUGCAUGCACUCUGCGAGAAUCCAAAUUAUCUAAGGGAGAAAAAUAUAGUUAGAGGAAUGUUACAUGCAGUUACAAAGGCAAGUGCCCAAAAGUGAGAAAACUUCACAUGGCUGUCCUUCCAAUGGGAUAGUUGUUUUAUAGUGAGUUCAGCCUCGGCCCAGAACAGGCCAAAGUUUUAAGAGGCAGCAACAAGCAAAUGAAAAGUCAGAUAAUCAUAAAGCAGGAGUCUGUGUUGUGGCUUGACACGUGAGCCAGGAUACUGGUGUGGCACAACUUUUGAGUAUUUGAGUUGUCAAAACUAAAUCCCAUUUGUUUAACAUCAAUGAUUACAUGCAGCUGCAAAGGGAUUUUUCAAAAGAAAAUAUGAAGAAUGUAAAUUAAAAGACUAUUACAUACAACCUCAACAUGUGUUAGCAAUGGGGUUUGGGCCUUGUAGCAUAAAUUACAGUAUAAAAUCAUCCUGUUACUGGGUGUCAGGAGACGUGUGGCAUCAUACAGGUGAUUUCAUUCUGCUCGGAUGUAGCUGGGGGACUGUACACAUAAUAAGGACAGUGGCAAUUUCAGCAGCUCAGAGAAACAUCACAGGGAAAAGGGAAGCACUUUCCUAAUCUGUGGACUCCGUCUGCCUGAUGCUGAUGCUUUGUAUCACCCAGCUGGAUUGGGAAUCUCUAAGGCAGAGAUAGCAUGUAUGUGUAGGGGCUGGAUUCCUGAAGCUCCUCAUCCUCAUGUUGUCCAUUAGACCUUCGGCCUUGGUAGUGUUCAGGAAGCACCAUGAGGCAAGUGAAACCUGCCUUUGCCUUCCCAUCCAGUGGGAGUGGGAAGUGGUGGGAGAGUAUUGCCCUAAACUGAGACAGAUGGGUUGCAACAAGCCAAAACUUCCCUGUCAUGAUUCUACUGACUUCUGAGAGAUUGUGCUCCCCUUUAUUGUUUAUUAAUUCUCAGAAAAGGUGCCUCCUGGGUCUAGCCCAUCCGUGCCAUCCAGCUGUCUGUACAGAAAGUUUGAAGUGAAGCUAAAUGUUGAUUCCAUUUUACUGAUUCUUUCUUUUCUUGUUGAGCAGAAACAGUCAUCCCUGAGGACUACCUGGAUCCAGCUAAUAUGAAGCGGUACAGUGCAGAUCCUACUGACUCUGCCUUCAGUUGUGUGGGCUCCGUGUACGCCAUGCGGCAGAGUCCUGCAGAUGGACAUCCUGCUGGAGGCUCCUCUUCCUCCUGUGGCCAUCGUCCUGCCCCGAUGUCCUCAGGGAGGUCCUCCUCUGCUGGCCUGCGGCACCAUGCCUCCAGCCCAACAAGGAAUGGGACCUAUUCUGAAGGAAACACAAGUGCCUCAAGUCCUUCACCAGAACAACAAGACAUGGCUCGGCCAUCAAGCAAGAAUCCUUUGACCUGGACCGUGGACGAUGUGAUUUGGUUUGUGAAGGAUGCAGACCCUCACGCUUUAGGCCCCCACGUGGAGCUCUUCAGAAAACACGAGAUUGAUGGCAAUGCUUUGUUGCUGCUGAAAAGUGACAUGAUCAUGAAAUACCUGGGGCUGAAAUUGGGACCAGCGCUGAAACUGUGCUACCACAUCGAUAAGCUCAAGCAAGCCAAGUUCUAACAGCUUCCUGAACAACAGCAGAACCUAAAUCUAGACAGAAAACUAUAGGUAACAUGCUGCCUUACAGAAUUGCAUUCUUUUGAAGAUUGUUUUUCCCUCUUUAACAAAGACUUUGUCUUUUUUAACAUUUGUGCAUCUUCACUAAUUUUUUUUUUUAGUCCAAUGGAAGCUUUCGGGCUGCUUUGUGUUAAUAAUUUGCCAAAAAGUGUAUAAUUACAGUAAUUAUUUUGUACCAUUAAUAUUAUUAUGAUUAUAGUAAGUCCUAUUUUUGUAAUCAGAAGGGGGAAAUCAAAAGCAAACAGUGACUGCUGGCAGAAAGACUAUUGGCUGCCUGCCAGGAAGGGAUGGGGUGGGACACAGUGCUGCCUGGGCUGCCAUGUUCAGAGUGUUUCGGGGAACGUGUGCCCUUUGGUCAGCCAGCAUUGAACAGGAACCACCCUGUGUCUCGCACUAACAUCUGGAAAAGUUAAAUUCUUCAGUUUGAAAAAAAGAAAAGAAGAAAA